AUGCAAAGCAGGACGGGCAUCACGCAUUACACUCCCAAUGUGGGCACGGGCGCCAUCAGGGCAGCACUUGUGAAGAAGCUGGCGGAAGAGAACGGGCUCACGUACGCUGCCAAUGAGAUUGUGGUCACUAAUGGGGCCAAGCAGGCCAUCUGGCAGAGCUUACUCGCCGUCUGCUCUCCCGGUGAUGAAGUGUUGAUACCUGCGCCCUUUUGGGUGAGCUACCCAGAGAUGGCCCGGCUGGCAGGAGCGGAGCCAAAGAUCAUAGACUGCGGCGCGGACGAGGGCUAUCUUCUGACGGCCGACCAGCUGAGAGCAGCGCUGACACCAGCCAGCCGCUUGCUCAUCCUGUGCACGCCCUCCAACCCCUCCGGCGCUGUCUACCCCCUCUCCAGACUACAGGAGCUGGCAGAGGUGGUGGCGGAGCACCCGCGGCUGAUGGUUCUGUCGGACGAGAUCUACGAGCACAUCAUCUACCCGCCAGCCGAGCACCACUCCUUCGCUGUCCUCCCCGGCAUGUGGCCGCGCACCUUCACCGUCAACGGAUUCUCCAAGGCCUUCGCCAUGACAGGUUGGCGUCUGGGCUAUCUGGCAGCGCCGCGGGACUUCGCAAAGGCGGCGGCGAUCGUGCAGAGCCAGACGACAUCGGGGGCGUCCAGCAUCGCGCAGCACGCUGCGCUGGCCGCGCUAGGCCUGGGCAAAGCGGGCGGGCAGCCCGUGGCAGCCAUGCGAGCAGCAUUCCAGGAGCGCAGAGAUUACGUGAUGGAGCGGCUGCAGAGGAUAGAGGGAGUGCGCGUGGCAGCACCGGACGGCGCCUUUUAUGUCCUGCCGGACCUAUCAGCGUUCUUCGGGACUGACGUGCACGCUGAUGACUUUGGUCCAAUCCCUGAUGCAGACACCCUCUGCAGGUAUAUUUUGGAGAAGGGGAAUGUGGCUCUGGUGCCUGGGGAUGCAUUUGGGGCGCCAGCGUGCCUGCGGAUAUCAUAUGCAGCCUCUCUGGAAACCCUGCAGAAAGGUCUGGACAGAAUAGAGGGGGCACUCACAUCUGCUGCUCUUCACAGACCGGCUCUUGCAGCUUCCCGGUAACAGUGCCGCUAUACGAUUGAUUUGCAUUGUUUUGGCUGGUUGGAAAGGCAGUCCAGGCACUAUCAGUACUGGAAAUACCACUGAUCAGACAUGUACAUUGUUACGUCACAAUAUUGGAAGAGCGCUCUGGCAUUGUGAAAUGAUCAUGGGUGAUCAGGAGUAUGAUACUAUCUGAGACGAGUGCACUGCCCUAAUGCCAUACAGUGUAUGAUCAUGCAAUAUGGUCAGCGAUAGCAUCACACAACGGCCAGUGCACAUCUUAAAGAGAAAAAGUCAUC